AUGUAUGUGGCUUUAUUUAUUGGCUACAAUUUUCGUAGUCUCAGUAUUACUAAAAUCAGACUAGAAAAGGAUCAUAAUCAUGUUCAACGUCAAAAACGGGAAAACACCGAUUCUCUCCCUUACGAUCUCAUCAUCCGCUUAGUCGAAGCCACCCCUUCUCUCAUACCCCCUUUCCGAGCACUACUCUCCCAAUUGAUCGACGCGCACGGUGGCCAAAAGCCACCCUGAGUCAUAUCGGACUUCAUGUUUGGAUGGGCAGCUGACGUGGCCCAUGAAUUCGGUGUUUUCCAUCUGAUUUUCAGUCCCACCGGCGGGUUUGGGAUGGCUAGUUACUGUUCGGCGUGGCUGAAUUUACCUCACAGGUUCACUCGCGCCGCGGAGUUUCUGCUCCCCAAUUUUCCCGAAGCUGGAACAAUUCAUGUUACACAAUUGACCCCUGCUAUGUUGGCUGGAGGAGACAACAACCCGCUCACCAUCUCCCAGCACAUGAAUUAUCAGUUAUGGCUGAAUUCCGACGGUCUUCUUCUCAAUACCGUUGAAGAGAUUGACAAUCUUGGAUUAACGCACUUCCGGCGUAAAUUAGGGCUUCCAGUUUGGGCAAUCGGGACUCUAUUCUUAUUGGAAGAGGACAGAGCAAGGUUGACAACUAUAAUAUCUUUCGGCUCACAGAGCACGAUCUCAGCUUCACAAAUAACGAAACUAGCCAAAGCGCUAGACGAAAUUCGCCAGAGUUUCAUAUGGGUAGUGAGGCCGCCGCUAGGAUUCGACAUAAAAGCAGAGUUCGUGGCGGAAGAAUGGCUGCCGGAGGAUUUUUUGCAGAACAUCCGCCAAGAAAACCGAGGGUUGAUUAUCAGCAAAUGGGCCCCACAACUGAAGAUUCUUGCUCAUGAAACCGUGGGUGCGUUCAUCAGCCAUUGCGAAUGGAAUUCUUUGCUCGAAGCGACAAAAUACGGGGUGCCGGUGAUUGGUUGGCCGAUGGGAGCCAAUCAAUUCUACAGCGCAAAGUUCUUGGUCGAAGAGGCCGGAGUUUGCAUUGAAGUUGGUAGAGGGACGAAAUUCGACGUCCCGAAGGAAGAUAUUUUGGAGAAGAUACAAAUGGUGAUGGGCGAAAACGGAGAUGGAAUAAGAAAGAGAUGUGUUGAGAUCAAGAAUAUUAUUACAAAUGCCAUUAGAGAUGAAAAGAGUUACAGGGGAUCCUCUGUUAAAGCUGUGGUAGAAUUCUUUACUGCUGCAUUAUUUAGGAAGGGGAAGAUAAUUUGAAUGCAGUGCUUAAUUAUGUGCCGAUAAACGUAAUCAAGAGUGUACAGCCUAGUUAAUGACCAGAAAUCGAAACACCAAACAGUCUCAAAAUUCUCGACUUUGCAGUACAAUUCACCAGAAAAAAAACAACAGCAACCAAGGGAUUUAAGAAGCUUCCAUGGACAAAACAAGGAGUAAAAACCACAGAUAAAGCAUACGUACAUUCAUAAGUACAAUUCGUCGAAUAAAAAAGAGCAUCCCAGCAAAGUAAAA